AUGACUUGGGGAGGAGUUAAAAGUCAUACACAAGUAUACAACAGCAAGAGAUCGAACCUCGAUAAAAGCUUCGUUCGAGGAUUCUUAUUCUUGCUUGCGCCUUCGAGUUCUUCUUUCUUCUACACUUCCUCUUUUCUCUCUCCUGAAAAUUCUCCGGUGAAUCGGGGUUGUACAGACGGAGAUCGGAUUUUUUCGAAACUGAUGAGUAUGAAGAUUUUUGUGAAGACUUUGAAGGGAACUCACUUCGAAAUCGAUGUGAAACCUGAAGACACAGUUGCUGAUGUGAAGAAAAAUAUAGAAACAGUUCAGGGAUCAGAUGUUUAUCCUGUUGCAAAACAGAUGCUUAUCCAUCAGGGGAAAGUUCUUAAAGAUGGAACGACACUGGAAGAAAACCAAGUUGCUGAAAAUAGUUUUGUCGUCAUCAUGUUAACAAAGAGUAAGAGCUCAUCCAGUGAAGGCUCAACUGCAUCAACUGCACCUACAACUAAGGCUCCACAGACUAGUUCACCAAUUCCUACUUCAACUUCUACACCAACAGCCUCACCAGCUCCUGCUGCAACGCCUGCGCCUUCUGUUCCUGCACCUGCUCCAGCUGCAGCUCCAACUCCAGCGCCUCCAGUUGGUGCUGUGUCAGAUACUGAUGUCUACGGCCUAGCAGCAUCAAAUCUGGUUGCUGGAACGAACCUCGAGGGAAUAAUCCAGCAGAUACUUGAUAUGGGGGGAGGAAGCUGGGAUAGGGAUACAGUUCUUCGUGCUCUUCGUGCUGCUUACAACAACCCAGAGAGAGCUGUUGAAUAUUUAUAUUCUGGGGUCCCUGAACAAACUGAGAUUCCACCUGUGGCACGGGCCCCGCCAAGUGGGCAGGCUGCAAAUUCUCCAGCUCAGCCUCCUCAACCAGCAACCACUGCUUCAAGUGGACCAAAUGCAAAUCCAUUAGAUUUAUUCCCCCAGGGUCUUCCCAAUAUGGGUUCAAAUGCAGCUGGCGCAGGAACACUGGAUUUUUUACGCAAUAGUCAACAGUUCCAAGCCUUUCGAGCUAUGGUGCAGGCCAACCCACAAAUCUUGCAGCCCAUGCUUCAGGAGCUGGGGAAACAAAAUCCUCACCUGAUGAGGCUUAUUCAAGAGCAUCAGACUGAUUUCCUUCAGCUGAUCAAUGAACCUGUUGAAGGCGGAGAGAAUAUGCUGGGGGAGCUUGCUGAUGCAAUGCCGCAGGCUGUAACAGUUACACCCGAAGAGCGUGAAGCCAUAGAACGACUCGAAGCAAUGGGUUUUGAUCGAGCAAUUGUGCUAGAGGUAUUCUUUGCUUGCAACAAGAAUGAGGAGCUGGCUGCCAACUACCUGUUAGAUCACAUGCAUGAGUUUGAAGAUUGAUGGUCUGAGUUGAGGUGGAUGUGUCUUACUACACCCCACCCCAACCCCAUAAAGCAAAGCAAAAAAUUAAAGAGUGAAAAAAAAAAAAAACUCUGUUCUCUCCUCUUAGUCUGUUCUUUAUUUUCUUUAGGUUACCCUUCUAAGUAUGUGUACUUCAUCUCCUUGACCUUUGUUUCGGAUUAAAAGAUGUCAAAAUCGCUGGAAAGGACAUUAAUGCCAUGAUGCAGCUAUGUUUGUCAUCCCUCCACCGUAGUCUUCUCUUUUGUUUUUUUGGUACACAAAAUAGAUAUGUAAAUAGAUCACUUUACACGUUGAUCAGGAAAUAUUAUCUCUCGGCACCACACAAUUAUUUACAGAAGACUUUAUCGCACUUAUGUCGGGGCCGAAAUUAUGGUCUCACAACAUGCUUUGA